AGGCGCGAUUUCCCUAUUUCGUAGGAGCUAGUGGGUAGGCAUGUAUUCUGCCUCAACUUUCGGGGAGUUGGGUCUAUUUUCUUGAUUGCUGAAACUGGUUUCAAAAAGAAAGUGAAAGUGUAAAAGGAAAGGAAGCAUGAAAUAAAAGAGAGGCAAGCUGGAUGGAAAAGAGAGAGAGGCUCGGCGCAAGCUAAGCCUUUCGGCUGGUGUUGAUCUGAGGCAGGAGUGGCUUGAAGCUGCGUCAGGAGAGUGUGAGCGGAAUGCGCUCGGGCUGAAGAAACUAGUUGGGAGGCGGCCGGUGGGGCGAAGGAGCUGGAGCUGCGGUCUGCAGGAGCGAGUGAGGUGAGAGCCAACUUCUGCAGGGGUGUGCAGCACGGGAGGAGAUCUCCGGUCGAGAAAAAAAGCAGAGAAAGAGUGUGCUUGAAGUAUAAAGGAUAGAAAGCUGUUUUUGACCUGCCCAGUGGACUCUCUUGGUUCCAGAUGACAGUUGUUGAAAGAACAAACUAAUGUAAACAGUUCUGUGGGAUCCUUAUAUCCUUACAACGUUUAUUGCUAAAUUUCUAUUUGGAUCUUAUGAUGUCCAUGAUGGAUAAGAUUCCACAGGAAUCUGGCUCUUCAGACAUGGAUACAGAAAACCAGGGAGAAUUAGCAGAUCAAGUUGCAGCCAUGGACAUUGGCACUGAAGGUAUGGUUGGUCCAGACAGCAAAAAGGGCUUUCAAACCAAAGGACUAAAUGGUGAACAAGACAGCUGCACAGUCAAGUCUGGGAUUAAGAAACCAGCCAAGAGGGAGUGGCUUUCUAACAGAAAGUUAUCUCUACCAGAGCGACCAUCUGGAAGCUACACGGGAACUGGGGGCUCUGUUUUUGGGUCAUAUGCAACUGGCUCCUCAAGUCAUGUCUCUCCCAGAAUGACACGUAGGCCAACGAUUGAGUCUACAAAGAUAUCAAUUUCUGGCUGUCAGGACUGUGUACAGCUAAAUCAAUACAAACUCAAAACUGAAAUUGGAAAGGGCUCCUAUGGGGUGGUAAAGCUUGCCUACAAUGAAGAUGAUGACAAAUACUAUGCAAUGAAGGUACUUUCCAAAAAGAAGCUGAUGAAACAGUAUGGAUUCCCUCGUCGCCCCCCACCUCGAGGAGCCAAAGCUGCUCAAGGUGAACAGCCAAAAACUUUGGGUCCAUUAGAGAGGGUGUACCAGGAGAUUGCUAUCCUGAAGAAGUUGGAUCAUAUCAACAUCGUCAAACUAGUGGAGGUGCUUGAUGAUCCUUCAGAAGAUAAUCUUCACAUGGUUUUUGAACUUGUGCAAAAGGGCCCAGUGAUGGAAGUGCCAACAGACAAGCCAUUCACAGAGGAGCAGGCACGGAUCUACUUCAAAGACGUGGUCCUGGGCAUCGAAUAUUUACACUACCAAAAAAUUGUUCAUCGGGAUAUAAAGCCUUCAAAUUUACUCCUUGGCGAUGAUGGGCACAUCAAAAUUGCAGACUUUGGAGUUAGUAACCAGUUUGAGGGCAAUGAUGCUUUACUGUCUAGCACUGCUGGCACUCCAGCCUUCAUGGCCCCAGAAACACUCUCUGACAAUAGGAAGAGCUUCAGUGGAAAGGCACUAGACAUUUGGGCAAUGGGAGUGACACUUUUCUGCUUUGUAUUUGGAAAGUGCCCUUUUAUAGAUGAGUACAUUCUAACAUUACAUAACAAGAUAAAGAACAAGCCGGUGGAAUUUCCAGAAACGCCAGUAGUCAGCGAGUCACUGAAAGACUUACUUCUGCAAAUGCUGGAUAAAAACCCUGACUCUAGAAUAACUAUUCCAGAAAUAAAGUUAUAUUCCUGGGUGACAAAGGAUGGCACAGACCCCCUGCCACUGGAAGAAGAGCACUGCAGUGUGGUUGAGGUGACGGAAGAUGAAAUCAAGAACUCAAUUAAGCUAAUCCCCAGUCUUUCUGCAGUGAUUUUAGUAAAGGCAAUGUUGCGAAAACGCUCAUUUGGCAAUCCUUUUGAGUUUCAUUCAAGGAGAGAAGAAAGGUCCAUGUCGGCUCCUGGAAAUUUACUCAUGGACAGGUGGCUCUUUUAUUCUUCUAUAAAAGCUCAUCCUUCAUUAAGCAGGAAACAGAGCAGUGGUGAUGGAGCAAAGGAGAUGGAGCUCCCUGAUGUGCAUGAGGAUGAAGCCACCCCCUAACAUGACAACGGUCUGCAAGAGCUGUUCUAAGUUAAACUGUACCGCAGUACCAUGGAUUUUUUUCGCACUCCAGCCAACCCACCCACCCCAUCAGCAACUCCAUGCUACAAUUGUGAAAUUUGGGAAAUCUGGAGUUGUUGAGGUCUUGGAGUUACUUGACAAUUACAAUGACAUGACCAUGUACAAGAGCAGAACACUCAGUUACGUUGUUUUGUGUGCUGUUGCCUUUUUCAUCAGCUGUCUGUAAUCAUCUGUCUUCUCUGGAUAUUGUCUCAUUGUAUAGCCCUUUUCUUGCUUUUUUUGUUUAUUGAUUUGCUUAGCAUGAAUGUACACAUGAAAUCUGUUAAAAUGAAUAAUAAGACAACCUGUUUGUUUGUAUGCCAAAAUUAGGAAAAACAUGUCUUUUGGUUGGAGUGUUGCCUUCUGUUUUUGGUCAGCACAUCGGUGAGAUGUGUAGCUGGCUGACAAACACAAGUUCUCUUACUCAAAUAAAGGCUCAUUAAUUUAGACAUUAUUUGCUACAUAAACACUUAAAAAUUAUCAAAAAUUUGAGGUUUAACAAACAUCCACAUAAUCUGUAUUCUAUAUAGUGCACUGAAAUGCUGAAGUCUGUAUAGUAAUUACCGACACUUUGAGCUCAACUUUUAUUAGUUUUUGCAGUCCGUUGUCCUUACUGCAGUAUCGCUUGUAUGUGGCACAUUUAUGGACAGAGCACUCUGCUACGUAGUAUAUUGCCCUACAUCAUUAGCAGUGGUACCCAAUUGUAGUUUUAUUUAUUAUUAUUUUUUAAUCUUUCUUCCUGUUAUGCAACUUCAAAUUAAUUUUGAGCCAGCUUACUUCCACUCUUUAACCUAGUAAUUAUUUAUUUAUCAUCCUCCUUCUUCUUGUCUCAAAUGUAGUAUCUGCUGGGCAGAGCAAGAAUAAAGCUAGGAACGGCUGCAGGGUGCUCCACUGGAGGUUUUUUUUUUUUUUUUUUUGCACAGAAAAGUUUACACUUGAUAAUAGCAGCCAGCGGAUUCGCAGGGAUUUAAACAUAUCAUCAAAAUAUAAAUUAGAAUCUACUGACAGCAAGUAUAAAGUGAAAAAAUACAAAACAAAACAAUACUCAAAAUACUGCCAAACAACAGCAAUAUUAUAAUCAUUAGCAACUUCAGGACAACAAAGGCACCUAGCCUAUCCAUGUGGUAUGGUAAAUAAAUUUAAGCUUUGUUUUUGGAACAAAAAUUAUGAAUUAAAAGAAAACUUUUAGCAAAAGCAACCACUACAUUUUUUUUUUCAUUUAAAAACACAUACAUUUUUGUAGUGGCUACUAUUGUAAACAGUUUUCCAAAGUGAUUAGGUGUAAAUUAGCAAGUGCAAGAAUACAAUAAAGCAAAGCAUUGAAUAGCAGCGAUUCAUUGUUUGGAAUUUGUGCCUUAUGUAGUGAGCUCUAAUGCAAAGCACCUUACAAAUAAAUGAACGGAGUCCUCUGCAUGUUGAAGCAAUAUGUUGACAUUAGCAAUCGACUCAAUAGAAAUAAGACAAACAGUGUACUAAAUUACAGAAUGUCAGGAUUAGAAUUCAGCAAAGGAGACUGAAGGCGCUUCAUGGACACUAAGAAAAGGACCACAUGGAGUAAAUGUAUCUGAAACUUGUGUUGUGUGCAUUCCUAAAAACCUUUUAAUAUUUAUUAGCUAAAUCCUAAUAUUCCUCUGCAACUACUACUGCAAUACCUGAUACAGUGUUCCAGUGAGCAAAUGCUACAUUCAUUGCGACACAAUUUGGUAAAUGCUCAAGUGUUUGCAAUUGUGAGAAACCUUUAGGUUGGUGAGUAAAUGGCAGAGUUCUGAAAGUUUAACCUGAAAUUGAUGAUCUCUACAGUAGUGGUUUGGUACAUGUCAGAACACUAAGAGCGGCUUCUUUUAUUUAACUUGUCUUUAUCAUCUUUCAGUUAUACAAUCAUUGCUCAGUUCUCUGUUGCAAACAGGUUUUGUUCUCAGUUUUGUGGGGUGUUUUGUAAAGGAAGAUAAGAAGGCAUGCUCUGAUGAUGUCACCUAUUUGUAAAAGGAUAGCCAGUGAUUUUAAUAUUAAGCAAAAAAAAUAUGACUUUGGAGGACUGAUGAUUAUAGUAUGCAUACUCUACAGUGAAAUUUAUUUUUAGUAGAAAUCAACUGCGUUAUAAUUUUUUUAAUUCUGAUCCCCCCACCUCCCACAAUACAGUCUUCACUGUGGUAACCAAAGUACUUCUGAGAUGUUGUUGGGGUUAAAACAGACCCAAAAAUGUUUUACUGGGCCAGUGUGCUACAGCAUUGCUCUAGAUGACUGCUUUUAGGUGAAACUUUAAAGUAUCUAAAUUCAUACAGACCUAAAAUGUAGAAACUAAAACUAAGAGCAGCAGCAACAGCCCAGAUGAUGUAACUGCUCUAGAGUGAUGAUGCAGCAUCGCAAUAAACUGUGAAUAAAGCCUCAGGUGAAAUAUUUGUUGGAUAUUUGUUUCAUUUUGCCCAUAUUCAUUUUCUUCCCUAUCAACAGACAUUUCAUUUAAUAAGAAACAGUAGACCAAAAAAGGAAUACAGGUUAGUUGCUUACUGAAUUAUAUAACCAGACUUAUCUGUCAUACUUAGGCUGCCCAUGAGAGGACUUGUGUUCAGAACCAUUUUGUAUGUCCUACUGCACUAGCUGAUGAAAACAUGUAUUCAUUAAUUAAUUUUUCCAUCAAGGCUGUUGGUAGACUGGAGAAGGCUAAUACUUUUUAGAAAUAUCUCCAUUCCGAACCCACCUACUACUGCUAGUUUGACAGCUGUUUUGGACACAUAACACGGACACAUGCAUGUCUCUGCUUUACAGAUUAUCUGAUGUAAUGGAUCUUUAUCUUUGUCACUGAGGAAACUAUGAGCUUGGCUUUUGUGACACAUUUUUUGUUUGUAACAGCAUGCCACUGAGUUCUUAUUAGAGUAUGGCAGACCAUCCCCUGGGAUACAACUUGACACACAAGCUGUCAUGCAGCAAGAUAAUGUCUGAUUUUAACUUUUUUAUAUGGGUGCACUUUACUGUUGUUAGUUGAUGCAGUAGUUCAAAUGUCCAUGUUUACAGAGACACUAUUGUGGAACCAUUUCAUACAAAAAGUGAAGGGCUUCUGCUGCCUAUAUGACUAAAUAAAUUUUCAGUUUAAUAUUUACAUAAUACUUAGUCGUAUUCUUGGCAGUAUGACAAAAUCAUCACUAUUUUGUUACAAAACAAUUACAUGAUCGCGAUUAGAAAAUAAUUUAAGAGAUUUAAUGUGACUGAGGUUAUUUAUAUAUAUAUAUACGUUUAAUCUGCGUUUACAUGACCAAUUGCUAUCUCAGUCCUCUGAUAUCCCAUGCUAUCUUUAGUUCCAAGCUUUGCUGUUUGAUGGUAAAGCUUACAUUUUGGACCUUGUAGCAUUUUGUAACUGAGGACUGAGGGAGUUGAGUAAAUAUUCAACUUUCAUCACUAAUGGUGUCUUUUAUCAAAUCAGGUUUACUUUAUGUAGUGUCUUUCUAUGUCGUGUAUGUAGUUUAUAUGUGUUUUGAACGUUGCUGACUUCAUUAAAUUGAGAACAUUCCUGUAAUGUAAAUCCCUGCUUUUAAUGCCAAAGCCUUAUUUUUUUUUUUUUUUUGGAAUGCAACUGAGAUGCUGUGUUUUGUCAAAUACGGAUUCAAAUGCUUUAGUUGAAUUUCCCAGGAAUUUUAUAUUUGCAUUCUGAUCACAUGUUGUGACAGACUCAAACUUCAUUUUGGAAAGAGAUUGUUGCUGUGCAUUUUUCACCUUCAGAAAGCAAGUUAGGCUUUCUUUUCAACUUACAUCCUUCUGUGCUGAUAUGAACUGCCUGACUACCAGGGGACUAGUAAGGUUGUGUAAUUAUUGAAUGGGCAAUUUUAGUAAACAGUUGGUCAUCAGACUCAGAAGAGCAAAAAUGGAUAAUUGACAUGUUCAUUAUAUCUUGUGCUGAUUAUAAGCAGCCAAAAAGUUAAGAUGCAACUACUGAACUCCCUCAUCCCCUUUCACAAAUAUGAAAUCUGACAUAAUACAAAAAUUGUUGGCUUGUGAACCAAUAUAUCCUGAUCCCCAAAUUCACAGAAUCCAGAAAAAUGGAAAAACAGCACAUUAGUGGCCAAAAUUGAGCUUAUGUCUGCAAGCUUUCCAAGUGUUCUGAGCAAAAUGUUGACUUACUGUGACUUGUGCUUUUUGAAAACCAAAUGAAAUGCAGAACAAUGACUACAGAUUUUUUAGAGGGCUAUCCUUUAGGAGGGCAUUGAAAGAAGAGAGCAUGAAAUAUCAUUUUACUCUAGCAUUGCUGCUAUGUAUUAUACUAUUUGUCAGUGUUUGCCAUUUGUCUUUUGCAUAACAUUUCACUGGAUGUAAAGCAUACUUUUGAAUGUACUGAAGGUAGCCAUUGUAAAAUGAUGCAUGAUUUCUCUCUACUGAACUGUAAAUAUGUACCGAUAUAAAGAGGCUAUUUUUUGCAUGCUUUUGUACAUUAGUCGAAAUAAUAAAAUCAUCCGUACACAAUAAAA